UAUCCUACACUCAAGAUGGCAGUACAGACAGGCCUCGACUAUAUGCGUUCGCGCACACUGAUCGACUGUGAUACCAUGGACGACGAAGUUGCUAAAACCCUGGGACCAUUCCAGGACUGCACUUCUAAUCAAGCUAUUGCACUCGGCGAGCUUUCUAAGCCAGAACGGGCUGAAGUCAUUGCUGUCUCGCGGGCAGAUGCGAUGUCAUUGCAUCCAAAGUAUUCAUCCAUUGGUGUCGAAGAGUUGGCUGCCGAGAUUGCGAUGGUUAGAUUGGCUCUAGGAAUGGCAAAACACAUUCAUGGACGUGCCCACGUACAGGUUAAUCCUUACUAUUCGUACUCUUCUGAGAAGAUUGUCGUCAAUGCACUCCGAAUUGUGCAAUUAUUCCAGUAUGUCCAGCCCGGCUUCGACGUCGAUCGCAUUUCUAUCAAGAUUCCGAGUACAUGGGAAGGCAUGAUGGCCUGCCGCACGCUUGAAUUAGCGGGUGUGCGUACUUUGGCAACCACUCUGUUUAGCAUGACUCAAGCUGUACUCGCAGCUGAGGUCGGCUGUACUUAUAUCGCGCCCUACGUGAACGAACUGAAGGUGCAUGUCCAAGCAGGGCAAAACUACUACAAGUCCAUCAAUUCGCCCACCAAAGUCCUCCCUGCUAGCUUGACUUCUGUCGAGGAGAUUUUCUUCCUCGCUGGAGUGGAUCACCUCACCAUUGCACCAGCUCUGUUGACACAAUUGACUCAGCCUUAUGCAGGAAAUGUCAAGUCGCUUAUUGAUAUUGCGCCGACACUUCCAAUCCCGACGCAGGGCGUCUCUUUCAUCAACGACCCUGGAAGCUACCAGAUCACAUUUGCUCGAGACCUUGGUGGUGCUAGUCACAUCAAGUUGACCGAGGCUAUAAACAUCUUCUGUGAUGCCCAGGACAAGUUGGGGCUGCUCAUGAAGUUCGCCUGCAAGAUGUUUCCCUCGCAGGCGGCUAAUUUUAACAUCGAGGCCCUUAGCGGCAUCUGCGGAUCGAUUUCUAUUUCCUGCUGGGUCGUCGUUUUCUCCCCUCAAAUCAUCGAGAACUUCCGACGUGGCUCCGCAGACGGCCUCUCUCUUAUCUUCCUCAUCAUCUGGUUGGCUGGCGAUGUGUUUAACAUCCUCGGUGCCGUCCUACAGGGCGUGCUCCCUACCAUGAUCAUCCUUGCGGUGUACUACACUUUAGCAGAUAUUGUCCUGCUGGGGCAAUGCUUUUACUACAGGGGUUUCAACCUCAAGGAAGAGCUAUCCCCCUCGGCCACACCGGACCUGUUUGCAACCAACGGGACUUCCGAUGCGGAGCGCGAUGGCGCCGACCAUCAACCAGAACCAACAGAGACAUCAUCACUCAUCCCGAAGCCCAGCCGCCAAGCUGUAAAUGUAACUGGACAGCUACCCCAAGACCGCACGCGUCCACUCUCCUCUGGAAGACGGCAGUCGGCAACCUCCUACCAUGAUAUCUUCCAUUCAUCGGUAGACGGCACCCAUCUGUCACCCGCAACGCCCUUCAUCGAACCAACAACCGAUGCCGCGUGCCGCCAUGCUCAACGCGCCCGUCGCCGCCGCAUUUCCGCCCUCCAAUCAAUUCUUUUCAACCUCACCGCCGUCGCUCUAGUCUGUGCUGCAGGUGUGCUGGGCUGGUUCGUCAGCCCAGCAGCAAAGUCAUCAUCACCAGACCCGGAACCUCUUGCUAUGGAUGUUCUAGGUCAAGUGUUCGGCUAUUUCUGUGCAGCUUUGUAUCUUGGGUCACGCCUGCCCCAGCUUCUUUUGAACUACCGCCGCAAAUCAACGGAUGGUGUUUCCCUGCUGUUCUUCCUCUUUGCUUGCAUCGGGAACUUGACUUACGUGCUCUCCAUUCUAGCAUACUCGCCUAUUUGCCAUGGCGGGUCUUCCGAGGAGAUCAUGGGGCACCGUCACCGUGCGCAGUGUCGUCCUGGUGAGGCAGCUGCACUGUAUGGGCGGUAUGUAUUGGUGAACCUGUCGUGGUUGAUCGGCAGUGCUGGCACGCUGCUGCUGGAUAUGGCAAUCUUUACACAAUUCUUCCUGUACCGUGAUGACAAGGCUGAUGAGGAGGAAGAGUAA